AGCAACGCGGCCUCUCUGCCCCCGCCAUGGCUUCGCGCUGGGAGCGGCUCUUCGACUCCGUGGGACACUUCGGCAGAAACCAAAUGUGAAGUCUGCAUAGUCAGGAUAGUGGAUGGAUCAGAAGAUUGAUUCCAAGCAUGUGUAUAUUUUGCAUCUGCCUUUCAAGCUAUCUCAUGUGGCAUUCAUUACUUGGCUUCCGUAUUCAUGGCUGUUACGCCUAAAUUUGUAUGCAGUGUCCCUGGAAAUGUGACUAGUAUACUGUUCAACAAUUCCUCUAGUUCAAGAAUAGAGGAUAUUUGGACACUGUGGACAUCAACAAAAAAUUACAUUGUGGUCCAGCUGGAAAACGGAGAAAUUUGGGAACUUGAUCAGUGCAGCAGGUCCAAGCGAGAGGGCAGUUUGUAUCUUGCAUAUGAAUAUUCUGGCAACAAGUCUGUUUUUUCUUGUUCUGACGGAUAUAUCUAUGAUCACACAAAAUGGAAGAGCACCAUUGUUACAGAAUGGGAUUUGGUCUGUCACCGGGAAUGGCUUGCAAAAUUAACUCAGCCCACAUUCAUGCUUGGAGUCCUGCUUGGAGCAGUGAUUUUUGGUGAUAUGGCUGACAGAGUGGGAAGACGGUAUAUAAUGUGGUUCACAAGCACUGGUCAGUUUUUAUUUGGCAUUGCAGUGGCAUUCACAUUUGACUACUACAGCUUUGUGAUCAUACGUUUUCUCCUUGCUAUGGUUUCAAGUGGCUAUCUGGUUGUGGUUUUUGUUUAUGUGACAGAAUAUGUUGGCAUUAAAGCUCGAACAUGGGCGUCCAUGCACGUCCAUGCUUUUUUUGCUGUGGGAGUCAUGGUUGUGGCACUGGUAGGAUUUUUGGUGAGGACCUGGUGGAUCUAUCAGAUAUUUCUUUCUAUAACAACUCUCCCCUUUGUCUUGUGCUGCUGGAUGCUCCCAGAGACACCUUUCUGGCUACUGUCAGAGGGAAGAUACGAAGAAGCACAAAAAGUAGUUAAUGUAAUGGCGAGAUGGAAUAAAGUAAGCACUCCUUGUAAAAUUUCUGAACUGUGUUCAAUUCAACAAGAUGAUCUAGUCAGAUGCAGAACAUGUGAUAAUGACACUUCUACAGCGAAGAAGCACAGCAUCUUAGAUCUGUUUUAUAAUUGGCACAUUGCAAGAAGGACCAUUACAGUCUGGCUGAUUUGGUUCACUGGGAGUUUAGGAUACUAUGUAUUCUCCCUGAGUUCCGUCAAUCUAGGAGGCAAUGAAUAUUUAAAUCUAUUUCUCAUAGGUGCCGUGGAGCUUCCUGCGUAUGUCGUUGCUUGCAUUGGGAUGGACAAACUGGGAAGGAGAAACACAUUGACUCCGUUUCUUAUAUCAAGUGCAGUGAUCUGUGCUUUGAUUAUGCUGAUCCCUCAGGAUUUCAGUAUAUUAUCUGUCUUAGCAAAUAUGGCUGGAAAGUUUGCAAUUGGCGUUGCAUUUGGCCUCAUUUACCUUUACACAGCAGAACUGUAUCCAACAGUUAUACGGUCACUUGCUGUAGGAAGUGGGAGCAUGAUGUGUCGUGUAGGGAGCAUAGUUGCUCCUUUUUGUGUUUACCUGACUAGUGUUUGGAUCUUCAUGCCACAGUUGCUUGUUGGAAUCAUGGCCUUUCUGAGCGGAAUGCUAACAUUAAUGCUCCCAGAAACUCUUGGAAAACCAUUGACUAAUACUUUGGCGGAAGCUGCAGAACUGGGAACAAACAAGAACAGCUGUUUGGGAAAAUCACCCCCAGCACAGACUGGUGCAGUGUUAGAAAAGAUAGAGAUGCAUAGCCAAGAGUCACACAGCACUGAUGAAUAAAGCAACAUCAAGAUUGCUGUCACCAGUUUUAAUCCUCAUUAAUUCUAUAAGACCAUUUUAUUAGAGCAACCUGACCAUGUUAUUAAUGCACGCGUCUCUUAAUUUGUAUGCAAUCUUGCCUUUUCUAAAGGGCAAAUAUUAAAAGGUCUGGUAGAAAAUUUGAAAGGAUUUUUAGAGCCAUUCUCAAACUUAAUCGUACUUUUAAAAAUCUGGUUAAUUUGCUUUGACUAGUAGGAGUGAUUAUUGUUCAUUUGGAAGAUACCAGGUUUUUCCAGAUUCACAUAAUAUUUCCUUUCACUGCUUUAGAUUUUCUGUAGCUGUGCUGCUAAUCGCAUCAUGAAAUCCCCUGUCAAUAAUUGCCAUAUUACAACUGACAGACACAGACUUGUGACUUAUUAACAUGGUAAACUCAAGCACACACUACUAAUUCAACAGAAAAGGCUCUUAAUUACUGUGGGAGGUUAAACAGAAAUAAAGAUUUCUGUUUUUCACACUUUCUUCUGAAGAAACUGCCAUUGCUAAAAAUAAAAAUAUUCUAUGCAACAGCUUCUGACAAAAAAAUCAUUUUCAAUUUGCAGAAUGUGCAAAUAGUAUGAGUACUAUUCAUUUUGUUUAAUGUCAAAUGUAUUUUUUGUUAUUGAUUUAGAGAGAAAACUGCUUUGGGAUUCUGUUGCAGUAUCAGUAAAGUCUGUGUAUACAGAUAAAAUCUGGUAUUUUUGAAAACCGUAUUCAUUCCAGACUGUUACGUUAAAUGGUCAUUUCCAUUCAGAUCUAUCAUCAGUUUCUUUAUAUCAUCCUAGGGUAAAACCAACCCCUGUGCAAAGCAUCCACACAAGGCUUAUGUAUCUUUUUAGUGCUCAAAAUAGGAUUUAAGUAGAACUUAAGUAAUGCAUGGGCCUUGUGCAGGGCUGGGCACUUAGGCUCAGAUCCUCAAAAGUAUUUAGGUGCCUGAUCCCAAUAGGAGUUAGGUGCCUAAAUACCUUUGAGGAGUUGGGCCUUAGUGAAUAAGUGAUAUAUAACUGCUAGCAUCAAAAGGUUAUUUUUCUCAUUGACCAUCUAUUUGUAGUUCCAUUUAUUCAACACUAUACAGAACCAAAUGCUAAAAAAAUUGAUUUUUGGUGGCAGAAACUUAUCAACCAUUAGAAAUGGAUGCAAUAGUCACUAAUUCCUGCAGAAGCCUGUGAAACAUCCAGAGCUGGUGCUAGCCCAUUGGGAAUCCUAAGCAGAAAUAUUUUUGCUCCCCCCGCCCCAACACUAAGACAGCAAGUUCUUAUAAUAAAAAGUGAAGGAGGGCCCCCCUUGAGCUGUUUGUGGCCCUAUGCAAUUGCUUAGUCUGCUUAUGCCUAACGCCGGCUCUGAAAACAUCCCCGUUAUAUCACUCGUGCUGAUACACGUGAGUGAUGGAGACUGUAGAAAACACUAACAGGGAUAGAUUGAGGACAUCAUUUCACUCUAGAUGCUAUUUUUAUAAUUUUCUAUCCCAGCCCUCCCGUUUUAGUCUACCUCUAGAGCUAGCAAUUUCUUCCAUACCUGUGCAGCCUUCUGUAUUGUGCAUAAAGAGUGUACAUGCUAUGCAAGUAAUGGUUUGGACUCUGCUCAUGAUUACAUCUGUACAAGUCCUCUGACUUCAGUGAGUUCUGAAAGCAGAAUGAUUCAAUAUCUCUAUGCCUCUCUAACAGGAAACAAAGCAUCUCUCUUUAGUUACAGCACUGUCCUGGAGUUCAAAGUAUAGAAUCCUAGAAGAUUAGGGUUGGAAGAGACCUCAGGAGUCCAUCUAGUCCAAACCCCUGCUCAAAGCAGGACCAACACCCACCAAAUCAUCUCAGCCAGGGCUUUGUCAAGAUGGGUCUUAAAAACUUCUAAGGAUGGAGAUUCCACCACCUCCCUAGGUAACCCAUUCCAGUGCUUCACCACCCUCCUAGUGAAAUAGUGUUUCCUAAUAUCCAACCUAGACCUCCCCCACUGCAAUUUGAGACCAUUGCUCCUUGUUCUGUCAUCUGCCACCACUGAGAUCAGCUGAGCUCCAUCCUCUUUGGAACCCCCUUCAGAUAGUUGAAGGCUGCUAUCAAAUCCCCCCUCACUCUUCUCUUCUGCAGACUAAACAAGCCCAGUUCCCUCAGCCUUUCCCCUUUACGGGGUGUUUUAUAGUGCAGGAGGGAAACAGCAUAAUAUAAUUCUAACAGGGAAGUAAAUUGAUAUUCUCUGAUAUUACAGCUGCCAGUGCCACUGUUAAUUAAAAGUUUAGGUUGUUACACGUUGCCAAAUGCUGUCUUGGAAUACAUGGUCCACUGUAUAAUGACAUCUUGAGGACUAAGAGUACUAAAGCUACUCCUUAAUCCUGACCAUAUAUGGAGCAUUACAAUAUACUUCUAACAAGCUAUUAGAACAAAACUAAAGUAAGUUCCAGGACUAAGGUGACUACACGAAAAAUCAAUUUAUGUCUGCACCAAUCAAAGUCAGUGAAUGGCAUAAAUUCUAUUGACUUAAGUGAGUCAGGACCAGACCCUUGUUCAAAAUCUGUAAAAUAAAGAAGGAAAUUAAACACAGUACUUAAAUACCCAAAAUAGUUUAAACAUUUCCAUUGCUAUUACUGGAAAGCUGGGUAAAACAUUAGGGGCUGCAAUUUUAAUGCUAAUUGCAACAGAAAAUUCAGCCUGGUGUCAAAGUACUGGUACUAGUAUCAAGAUGGGAAGGUCAGAACUUUAGUAAGGAGCAUAGACAACAGAAUGAUAGUUCUAGAUAUAUUUUUAGGUAAGAAAUUUAAGCAUUUCGUGGAUGUAAAUACACCAAAACAACCUCAGAAAAAUGCAGGGACUCAAUCAACCUAGGAGAUGAGCAUGAGCAACUUCCAUUGAAAUCAAUAGGAGUUGUGCAUGGACAUCUCCCAUGGAUGAUGGGACCCCAGAACUUGUCUUUAAAAGAGCUGUAGGAAUCUCCUGCUGUUCCCUGUGUCUUUGGCUGCAACUCUCAUCUUCCUAUCUUGACAGGCUGACAGCAUGAUUGCUUCCUGCUUCACUAUUUCAUAUUUAAAUUAUGUACAAGGUCCAAUACACUUUAACAAAGUAAUCAAUUAUUAGUGAUUUUGAGCCAAUUCCUGUUUGCAUUGAAGUCAAUGGGAGUUUUGUCUUUGAUUCUAACAGAACCAGAAUUUUGCCCCAAAGGCCUGAGGAACCAUGUUGAGAUGAAGACCAGAGGAUUAGUUAUUGAAUGGAGAAGAGUUGGCUUUCUAAAAUAAAUCUUGAGACUUGGGGGUGCAAUUGGGUACUCUUUUCUUUCAAUUGAAGAAAAAUGGCAAUUGUUUUUUCAAAUAGGGAAACCACAGCUGUUUAUGUACCUCCCUGUUUGUAGCAUUUCCAAAAGUUUUUGUGUUUAGCAAGGAUUGUACUACUGACAAAAGUAUGUUUGACACUAGUAUUACAUUAUAAAUAUUACAUAGCAUAAAUGUGGAGAGAGAGUUUCUCAAACAUUUUUUCAAAGGAUCUGGACCUUCUUUAAAGAGAGCCUUGAUUUUGAGAAUAAUAAUUUCUAAUCCUUUGGGGGCAUAUUUUCCUCUCAAUGCUCAUGAGAAAAAUCCCAUUAACGGUGUCUCUUAUUUUCUCCUUAAUCUCAAUAGUGGGUCAAUUAUAUCUCACUAAUUAAUGGUUCUGACUGUUCCUGAUGAUUUAUAACCUAUUUCCUUUUAAUUGUGGUUCAUCAUGAUUGUCGGUCAUUUUGGCUGUAAGAUGUUUACAUCCUAAAAAUGAUAUCACAUUGUAUCAUAUAACAGUGAGGGUUAUCAGACUAAUACUUCCUGGGUGAAUGAGUGCAAUGAUUAACAUUUGUUGAAUUCUAACUGAAGAAAAAUAAUAAGGUAAUAUGCUUGAUAUUUUAAAUCAAAUGCAUUUUUUAAACUAAGCUUUAAGAUGUAUUUUCUAAUUUAAUGUCUGACUUUAAUGCCUUUUUAUACAUUUUGGUAGUUUAAAUCAACUAUGGGAAAAAUAGCUAUGCAAACUACGUACACUAUGGGCUAAGUCCAGUGGGCUGUGCAUUGAACGUGUCAAUAGCAGACGGAAUCCCCCCUCUAUGUGAUUGUGUAGCUGGUUCACAGAGACUGAAGAAGGCCCACAUUCCCAACUCUGGGGCGAGUGGGACUAGAGGAUUCUCUGGCCUUGCCCUGCUGCUUCCUCAUUUUAUGCCCACUCAUCCCCUGUAUUCUGUCAUGCAGGGACCCUCCACAGGGUUUGGCUCUGCACCAUCUCGGGGCUAUUCACCCAUUUUAUGGCCUUCCAAAAUCCAGCCUCACCUUGUACAGCAGAUCUAUACUGCUAGAGGCCUCUGUGGGUACUGGAUUUAUCCAAUGUAUGUGUCAAAUGUACUUCUAAGAUACUUGCCUAGAUCUCAUAACAAGUAUAAAGGAUAGAAAAGAUUAAAAGACUAGUUAUGAAUUUAAACAAUAACAAGGUUAUCUGUGAUAUCAAGAGAAAUUCCUGUUGUACGCAAUAAAACAACACCCAUAUUGUUGAAUCACUCAUGAAAAAAGGUUAAGGGAAAUCCAUAUAUGGUAGUUAUUCUUGCAGUUGGUUUGUGAUGUCAAUUCUAUAUACCAGGCAUUUUGAUAAUAGGUGAGGGACAUAUAUACUGUUCUAAUUGACCUUGUCUACUGUGUUAAAUGCAGCAUACAUGAAUUUAAUACAAUAUGCAUUAUCAGGGCAAUAGAAUUUUGUUUUUCCAUGUAUGUAUUUAUCAUCUCAAAGUAUGUAGAACAAUAAAGUGGAAUAUGCAUUUAAUCUUUA